CUUCUGUCUGCCUGACAUGAGAAGUAGAAGAAGUCACAGAGCUGCUUGCUAAUGUUGCUAACAAACAGGAAAGCAGCACAUCGUGCGAACUGUUAGCAUUAAAUCCACGAAAGAAGGCGCCCUUGCUUGUUUUGAAAGGUGCCCCCAUUCUGUGUCAGCAGUGCCGCUCACUCAACUACCAUGUCGGAUGGCCGGAUCUAUGUGGGGAAUCUUCCUGUGGAUGUCCAGGAGAGAGACAUUGAGGAUCUCUUCUACAAAUAUGGAAAAAUCCGUGACAUUGAAUUGAAGAACAAUAGAGGCACUAUCCCUUUUGCCUUCGUCCGAUUUGAAGACCCACGGGAUGCAGAUGAUGCCGUCUAUGGAAGGAAUGGAUAUGGAUAUGGAGACUCCAAGCUGCGUGUUGAGUAUCCUCGAUCCUCUGGUGCUAAAUUUGGUCCUAUGGGAGGUGGUGGUGGUGAUGAUGGAGGAGAAAGAGGAGGUGGAGGAGAAAGAGGAGGUGGAGGAGAAAGAGGAGGUGGAGGUGGAGGAGGAGGACCAAGAGGAAGAUUUGGACCCCCAACUCGAAGAUCUGAAUUCCGGGUCAUGGUGACUGGAUUACCACCAACUGGGAGUUGGCAGGAUCUGAAGGAUCAUAUGCGCGAGGCAGGAGACGUUUGCUUUGCCGAUGUGCAGCGUGAUGGAGAGGGCGUAGUGGAAUUUCUCCGUAGAGAGGACAUGGAGUACGCAUUGCGCAGACUUGAUCGGACCGAGUUCCGUUCACAUCAAGGCGAGACUGCAUACAUCCGUGUCUUUGAGGAGAGAGGCACUCCCAACUAUAGUCGCUCGCGUUCCCGCUCCAGAUCUAGAGGUCGCUAUUCACCUCCCUACCAUAACAGAGGAUCUCCCCCUCCACGCUACCAGUCGCCUCCACGUCAUGCUAUGUCGCGCCAUAGUCCACCCCCCAGGAGGCAUGCUCCACAGCAUAGCCCACCGCCACGCCAUAGCCCACCACCACGCCAUAGCCCACCGCCACGCCAUAGCCCACCUCCACGCCAUUACCGGUAGAAAAGCACGGCAUUUAUAGAGGAAUUGGGUGAAAUAUUUUGUAAUUCUUUCGUUUUUAAACCCCAGGCCUCCUCUUGGGAUACAUCGUUGUUUUUUCUUGCUACAUACAUUCCGUGGCCAUGAUCAUCUAAACACCCUGCUCCUCCCCACAGCCGUAAAUAUUUUUUUUUCUUUGUUCUGUGUUAUCUGGAAUCGGGAUUGUUUAUUUUUUUUUCUUAGCGAGGAUAAUUGUAUUUGAUUAUCGUAUAACAAAUUGGAGGUUUCUUUUAUAAAGAAAUCCUGGGUUGUUAUGUCAAACCUCGACAGGAAUGGUAUUGUUUGUCCAAAUUAAUCACAUUAAUCACACAAUUCUGCACCUAUCAGGCUAAAGGUUAUACUGCUUAAAUUCUCGACAAGAUUUUCCUUAUUGUAUCAUUUCUUUAAGUAUAAUGUGUUUGCCAAUUAAAGAACUUGUGGAGCUAAUCCAUAUCCUACUCUGAUUCAAAACAUGUAAAAUUAGUGAGCCUAUUAGAAUAGUGACACAUGUUGACUGUGAGCCUCACCUGUCGUCGGAUUACUUAUCUUUAUUGUGUGAACCUCUGACCAAGGUGGCCUGUAGGUGGACUAUAAUUUGUAUGCAUCUCUAAUGUUGUUUUUUCUUUACCAAUAAAAUGCACACUUUUA